ACUCUGAGGAACGUGGCAGCCCCCCCAAGUGUUAAAGACAGGGCGCUAUUUUCCCUUUGCUCUGACGAUCACUUUAUGGGUGACUAGCAUCCCAGAAACACCUCCCAGUUUUGGUGUGACGUCCCAUCACUGUCUUUCUGCUCUGGCUGAAAGAAGCGGAGAGAGCAGCUCACUGUCAGACAUUCUGGAGAAGGUCCAAAAACAUCUGUUAGUUUUACUUAAAUUGAUUUGAGGAGGCCAUAAAGAACUUAGAGUGGCUUUGAGUUACUCUCUUCGGGUCUUGCUGUGUUUGAGGAGGCGCAAACAUGGAUAUCUUGGCUUUAGAGGCUAAGGGGGUCAAGGCUGAAGCCGCUCCACAGCCUUCCUCUAAGCCCAGACCUAAAGCGCCAAAAAAACCUAAACGAAUCGUUUACUUCGAGGUGGAGAUUCUGGAUGCCAAGACCAAGGAGAAGCUGCUGCUCUUGGAUAAGGUUGAACCAUCAGCUACUAUUUUGGACAUAAAGUCAAUGUUCCACAAAUCAAAUCAGCGCUGGUAUCCUGCCAGACAGUCUCUGUGCCUGGACCCAAAGGGAAAGCCCUUGAAGGAUGAAGACAUCCUUCAGCAGCUUCCGGUGGGAACCACAGCAACCUUCUACUUCAGGGACCUUGGAGCUCAGAUCAGCUGGGGGACGGUGUUCCUGGCCGAAUGCGUCGGACCGCUCUUCAUCUACCUGAUGUUCUACUUCAGACUGCCCUUCAUCUACGCCCCCAAGUAUGACUUCACAACCAGCAAACACUGGGUGGUACACAUAGCGUGUUUGUGUCACUCCUUCCAUUACGUCAAGAGGAUUCUGGAAACCUUGUUCGUGCAUCGCUUCUGCCACGGUACCAUGCCACUGCGCAACAUUUUCAAGAAUUGUUCAUUUUAUUGGUUCUUUGCAGCCUGGAUGGCCUACUACAUCAACCAUCCGCUCUACACGCCGCCAUACUACGGAGAACAGCAAGUGAAGACGGCACUUGGGAUUUUUCUGUUUUGCCAGUUGGGGAAUUUCUCGAUCCACGUCGUUCUGCGCAAUCUCAAACCUCCAGGAUCUAAGACCAAGAAGAUCCCAUAUCCAACCAAGAAUCCUUUCACGUGGAUCUUCAUAGUGGUUUCUUGCCCGAAUUACACCUACGAGGCAGGCUCCUGGCUGGGCUUCACCGUCAUGACUCAGUGUGUUCCUGUCGCCUUCUUCACCAUCAUCGGCUUUGUGCAAAUGACCGUGUGGGCAAGAGGCAAACACCGCAGCUACCUGAAGGAGUUUAAAGAAUACCCGACCCUGCGCUCACCCAUUCUGCCCUUCAUCCUCUAA